AAUGGAGCACGAGACAGCAAAAUCUUAUUUUGAAAACAUCUUCAUCCCACAGAAGAGGGCUGAGAAUGAUCCUAGCAAGUAUGAUAUAUCAUCCCUGAAUGCUCAAGACUACCAGUCCCCGAGAUGGUGGAGUUUGCGAUGGGGAUGGACAGCCUUCAUUCCCAGAUCUCCGCCUUUCUUUGGGCCGCUUUUUGGAUUCCUUGCACACACACCUCAUGUUUACCCCAUGAAAGAGCCUGAAGAAGGCUACAAGCUGCCUGUGUGGGUCAUUGAAGAAAUGGAGAGGUUGGAGGAAGAUUUAGCUCGUGCUAUUUGCUACCUGUGUGCUCAACUCAGGAUGGCCAUCAUCAAGCCCGUACUACCGUUUGCCUUUGGGUACAAGAAGCUUCACAAAACUGCCACUGCUGCUCUGCAUUUAUUCGAAAAGGCACAUGACUGGUACAUCAUCUGGAUGGGCAUGUUUUCGUAUGCUGUGGCCAGUGCUCAGACGGAAGAGAAUAGGUGGAAGGAGUACCCCCACCUUGCAAUUUUAGAGUGGACAAAACUUCUGUUUGAAUGGAAAUGUAACCCGGUCUGGCUGGACGCGCCCUCUGUGGAAUGGUGGUGUCAUUUUGGUAUUCCGGUCUGGUAUCCUUGGGAGGAGGAUUACCCCAAGAGCCAGCAUUUGUCAUUGUAUAGCCCCUUACCACACCAGAUGCAGGAAGCAGCAACUUUCCUUGUUGUUCAGCCAACAAUGGAACCUACCGCGAUCUCGGAAGAAGUGGAUGACAAUCUGAAUAUCGAGUCACUCCAGCAUACUGAUCAGAUGGCCGUAAUAUCAUCGGCUGAUGCCAGUGUUGAAAGGACUGUUGCUGCUGCCUCAUCUUUCAUCAUCGCUGAUCCAGGAUCUUCUGAGCCACGGACGUCAGAAUAUGUCACCUGGCAGGAAUUUUUUCAAUGCCGUGAGAAGGCCAACGAGGGCAUUAUGGAGAAUGAAACUGCUGAUGACAAGCAGAGGAGGCUCAACCGAGAGCAGCGUCCUCCUACCCGUAAGGUGAAGGUGUUCGAAUGGACUUACGAUAUCAACAGUCGACUUGUGCGCGAAGCUGUUCUAGGCAGGGACAAGAUCGAGAUUCUUCACAACUAUUCUUCAGCCCAGAUUCGAUAUGACUCUUUCCGAAACGAGUAUGAUGUUUGCGAGGAAUUUGGGCCUGGGCGAGAGUACGACUCAGAUGACGACGGAUCUGAUUACCCUGGUACCUAUGAAAUCACAGAGGAACAACUGAACGCUGCUGUCGCUUUGGACAUGGCUCAAAUUCCUGACUCCAACCCUCGGUUGCCACGUGUUGAGCACCAAGAUCAUGAAAGCCAUGUCUCUGAUUGGACCCUUGCAGCUCAGGAACUGUCCAAGUUAGUUAACUUGGAGCAAGGACAUGAUAUUUUUGAGGAGGAAAUUCUGGAAACAGUCUG